UUUCUCAGUGGAUUCGUUUCGCAGUUCGACGAGAGAGUUUCCAGCCACGUCCAAGUGCGUCAGGCAAGGUCCCAUGCAUACGGCUGGGAACAAGGCGAAGGUCAAGUCGGGGGGGAGAGUGAGUUGCACGACGACGACCACGACCACAGCGCAAUGGGGUGGGAGAGGUGGCUGCGGGGCCAAGAAGUUUGUGGCCCACGGGGGAGGAGGCAGGUCCGUGACGACGACGUCCGCCAAGUUGGGCGGGAGAGGUGGCUUCGGUCACGGGAAGUUUGUGGGCCGCGCGGGAGGCGGGAAGACCGUGACGACCACGACCACGACCACGACCACCACAACGAAGCUGGGGGAGAGAGGUGGUUGCGGGUCGGGAAACAUCGGGGCCCGCGGAGGAAGAGUCAAGUCCGUGACGACAUCGACCACCACCACCUACUCCAAGACGUCGCGGAAGUGAAAGCGAGGCGUUGGGAUCCCGCUCUUCCACUGGUCUUCGACGGUGCAGCGUUCUUUCAUCGGCUUCCUUAUUCUUCGUCGUGAAAACUUUCCGAGACAAGCAUUCCGCAGGAAUAACAAAACUCAUAUUAAUAGAAAAUUGCAAUAAAAAGAAAGA